UUUUUUUCUUUCAAAUUGACAUGAAAAAAAAAGCUGCAUUGUCGAUGUUGAAUCAUCUCAGCAACACUGAUGUGGGAGAAAUAUUGAACGAUGAUGGACGAUUCGAGGAAGUUGUCAAUGACAUAAAACAGUUUAAAGAAUUGGAAUCUGAAAAGGAAGUUCUGAUCGCUGGAAAUCGUUCUCUGGCCGAAGUCAAUCUAGCAAAGCAACCCCAACUCGAGGAGAAUAAAAAAGCAUUACAUGAACUGUCUGAGACAGGCUGUGAGCUGCUGCGGAAAUUGAAGAAGAAUCGGAAAAAAUAGCUGAGAAAUUCUUAUCGGGAGAUACAGAAGUCGAUGAAUUCCUGGAACAAUUCUUGACCUGAAGAAAGAUAAUGCAUUUACGAAAGGUGAAGGUAGACAAAGUGCGAGAGCUUAAGAGGAAACCGAAAUCGUCAACAGGGGGUUAUCCAGCAGUGAACACCUUUCGCCGCCCAAGUUUUCUUAAAGCUAUUUCCAUAAUGUGGAUCAAAAUAAUUCCCACGAU